AUGCCAGUAGAAUAUGCUAUUAUGAAUAAAUUAGAACAAUUAGCAAAUUAUAUAUUAGACAUUGAUUCAAGAGUUGACGUCAAGUUAUUAUAUGAUUAUAAUAAUGAAGUUGUAGAAAAACCGAGUAAUGUUAAUAGAUAUGGGUUUUUUGAAGUUGAAGGAGAAAAAGGAGAAUUAUUUAUUGUAAAAAAAUAUUCACAUAAAAAAAUAAAUCAACAAAAAGAAAGAAAUAGAAAAUGGGAAAGAAUGCUCGACAAAGACUGGGAUGAAAAUAUUCCUGUUAAAUUACAAGAACGAGUAUAUAAAGGAGUUCCUGAUGAUUAUAGAAUUUUAUAUUGGAAAAGGAUAUUAGGAAUAGAAGAAAUUAAUCAAGAAUUAAAAGAAGAAUUUAAAAGAAAUACACAAAUAUAUUCAAGAUCUCCUCAUGAUAAACAAUUAGACUUAGACGUUAAUAGAAGUUUUCAAUUCCAUUAUAAAUUUCAUGUUCGUUAUUCUGGUGGUCAAAAAGAAUUGUUUUAUGUUAUGCAUGCAAUUUCUUUACAUGAUAUUUCUUUUGAUUAUGUCCAAGGAAUAUCAUGUGCUCCUUCUGUUCUUUGUAUUUUUUUAGACGAACUUAGUGCUUUUGCUGGAACAUUAAAAUUAUUUACAUCAAAAUAUCGUUUAAAAGAAAUGUUUCAAGACUUUAAUUUUAUUAAAAAGUGUUGGAUUGUUACAAAAAAGUUAUUAGAUACUAGACAUCCAAAAAUUGCAGAAAAAUUCAGACAAUGUGGUAUUAUGGACCAAUCACUCCCUUUUUUUAUGUUUGAAUGGAAUUAUCUUUGGUUUAUUCACUCACUUAAAUUCGAAUUAGCAAUACGAGUAUUUGAUGUUAUUUUAUUAGAAGGAUUUACAGCAAUGUUUUCUGUUUCAGAUACAAUCUUUCAUUUUAUUGAGGAAGGAAUUUUAAAUGAAAAGGAUCCAAAUAUUCUACAACAAAAAUUGAAAAAUCCUUUUACUUUAUUAACAAAACCAUUAACAACAAACACAUUUAUGUCUCAUAUGUAUAAACACAGGAUUGAUGGAAAUUUAUUUGCUUCUUUAUUCUAA